CUUUAAUCUUGCUAGUGUAGUUUCUCAUCACUUGUGAUCAAGAUCUCUAGCAGGUACAGAGAGGACUGUUCUCUGGAUAAAAUGAGAAUACAGGUCUUCUUUGGAAUCCUGCUGAUUUUCACACAAGCUGCCAUGGGUUUGCUGUUUCAGGAUCCUGUUGUCUGUAGAUUUAAUGAGAGUAGUCAGUGUCAUGUAGCUCUGGGACAACGACUGCACCUGCAAAUUCCCCUGGAGGAUGGGUUUGAACUAAAGAUCACAGACAAGACAUCUACCGAUCAUUUCAUUUUAAAAUAUAGAAAAACCCAAAGUAACCCACCAAAACCAAAUCUCCCAAGAUGGCAGUUUGUUAAAGAUAAUAAAACUUUGAUACUAACCAGUGCAGAGAGGAGCGACUCUGGAACAUACACUUUAGACACCUUUGAUGCAAACGGGAAUAAUAAAGGCAUUUAUACUCUCCAGCUGUACGUUGAAGCUGAGGUGUCCUCAGUGAAAAUGUGGUACAGCUGCUUGUCCCCUGGAGUCAUGAAAGUGUACUGUUCUGCUGAUGGAGACAACCUCCGCUUCAACUGGACUUCUGAUUUAAACACAUUUCCUCAACUGGAGAAUGGGAGCAGCACUGUCGUACUGAAUAAAGAUCAUCAUGGAAAUGUCACCUGCAAUGUAGAAAAUCACGUCAGCCGUGACCACAAUACCACUGAACUCCACCCAUGUCCUGAACCUACUACUGCAGUAAUCAGCUCCACAACUUCUAAUGAUGGUUUGCUGUUUCAGGAUCAUGUUGUCUGUAGAUUUAAUGAGAGAAGUCAGUGUUAUGUAGCUCUGGGACAACGACUGCACCUGCAAAUUCCCCUGGAGGAUGUGUUUGAACUAAAGAUCACAGACAAGACAUCUACCACUCGUUCAAUUUUAAAAUAUAGAAAAACUAAACGUAACCCACCAAAACCAAAUCUCCCAAGAUGGCAGUUUAUUAAAGAUGAUAAAACUAUGAUACUAACCAGUGCAGAGAGCAGCGACUCUGGAACAUACACUUUAGAAACCUUUGAUGCAAACGGAAAUAAUAAAGGCAUUUAUACUCUCCAGCUGAACACUGAAGCUAAGGUGUCCUCAGUAAAAUUAUCGUACAGUUGCAUGUUCCUUGGAGUCAGGAAGGUGCAGUGUUCUGCUGAUGGAGAAAACCUCUACUUCAGCUGGACUUCUGAAAUAACCACUCGGUUAGAGAACGGGAACAGCACUCUCCUACUGGAUAAAAACUGUAAUGUAAACAUUACCUGCCAUGUUGAAAAUCACGUCAGCCAUAUCCACAGAUCCAUUGAACUCCACUCAUGUUCUGGUUUUAUGGUGGUGUUUUUGUCUGUGUGGAUCUUUCAAGUCAUCAUCCUGCUGUCUCUGUUAGUGGGAGCGUACAUCUACCGCAGAAUCUACAGGAAACAGAGGACAUCUGAGAUUCAGGAAGCUCUGUAAACCUGGAUUAGGAACAGAAGAAGCAGAUCUCCUCUAUGCAAGCAACCAUCACUCUGUGUCUCAUUCAGACUGAAGCAUGAGAAGAAUACAACCAUCAAUAACAGAUGGCUAACAGACAACAUAAAUUUAAUUCCUCAAUCCACAAAAAAAUUCAAAUAAAUCAGCCUCAAGAUUCCUGUAGCUUCGUUGAGGCACCGAGUGCUAAUUUUCAGUUGUUUCUGGUAUUCUUUCUUUUUUAAUAUUUUAAAAAUAAUGCAAUGCUUUGAUACAGUUGUUACAAACAUGCCAACAAUGCUUUUGUGGGAAUGAUUUUAAUAAAGUUUUUGAAAUGUAAAUGUAGGUAUAUGUACUGUACGUGUGAAUGCUGAAAUAAAGUCUUUUUUUUUUUUAACUGACACACCUAAACUCACUGUUCUUGAUUGUUCUCUUAAUUAUGAUGUAACUUUUGAGUUCUAAAUUCAACAAAUUAAAUCAUUCCCAAAAUAAAA